UUGUGUGUGUUCUUUUCCUUUACAUGCGUUGAUUUUGCGAAUCACUAUUUUCUAGAUGUUGUUCCUUGAAUCUCCGUCCAACGUGUUUUAUAAUAUCCUCGACCUUUCAACGCUCCAAGAACGGCUUCACACCGACGCCAACGCACACCGUCAAGCAAGUUAGACUGAUCGAGCGCUGCUCUAUAUUUUCGCCCCUCCAAAAGAAAGAAAGAACGAAAGAUAAGAGUCCAGGUUCAGAGAGUCUUCAGACCCAACAAUGGCAGAAGCAUUGACAGAAGAUCAAGUCGCCGAUUUCCAUGAAGCUUUCUGUCUCAUUGAUAAGGAUUCUGAUGGCAUGAUCACAAUGGAGGAGCUCGCCACGGUGAUCCAAUCGCUUGACCAGCACCCCUCGAAAGAAGAAGUCCAAGAAAUGAUCAGCGAAGUGGAUUUGGUCGGGAACGGUACAAUAGGCUUUGCAGACUUCUUGAACAUCAUGGGGAGGAAGAUGAAGGAAAAUGUUGCGGAAGAGCUAAGAGAAGCAUUCAAAGUGUUUGACAGAGAUCAAGACGGAUAUAUAUCUGCCAUUGAGCUGCGAAAUGUGAUGAUGAAUUUGGGCGAACGGCUGACAAAUGAAGAGGCAGAGCAGAUGAUAAGAGAAGCCGAUUUGGACGGCGAUGGUCUCGUCAGCUACGAGGAAUUCGUGAGGAUGAUGAUGAUAUUCUGAAGUUUCCUGAUUACGCUCGGAAACAUAUAGUUGGCAGCAAAUGGGAUCGACAAUUUAUGUAGAUCAGUUGCUUUCAUCGUGAACCAUGUUCAUUUCUGUGAAAAAUGUUGUCGUUAUUACAUACACGUCCAUUAACGAAAUGAACCCCGAAUAUUGAUAUUUGCGAGGGCCAACUUGAUCCUCUUCCAUAGCUAUCUCGAUUUUGAUA